AUGGCGGCCUCCAGCCGCCGCGCGCACGCCCCUCGAGCCCGGGCAGAGGCCUCUCAAGCCAGCGAGCCAGGGCCCCUCAGCGCCCUCCCUCCUCCUUCUCCUGCUGCCUUAGCUCCUGAAGAAAGCCUGGUGCUGCUGAGGAAAGCAGAAGAGUGCGCGUUGUCGCAUUUGACUGAAGCAAGCAGCUACUGCUUUGGCUAUGCUGAGGAAAUGAGCCUCUUCAGGAGAAGGACUACGCUUGCGCGCUUUGAUUACCGUCCAAAACCUGAUCCUUACUGCCAAGCUCGUUACACCUUCUGUCCCACUGGCUCUGCCAUUCCGGUUAUGAAAGACAAGGAUGUCAUUGAAGUGUAUCGAUUACAGGCUCCAGUGUGGGAAUUCAAAUACGGGGACCUUUUAGGACAUUUCAAAAUUAUGCAUGAUGCUGUGGGUUUCAAGAGCUCCCUAACGGGCAAAAACUACACAAUGGAGUGGUAUGAGCUCUUCCAGCUUGGGAACUGCACGUUUCCCCAUCUCAGGCCUGGCAUGGACGCACCCUUCUGGUGUAACCAGGGAGCUGCCUGCUUUUAUGAAGGAAUAGAUGAUGCACACUGGAAGGAAAACGGCACUUUAGUUCUCGUGACCACAAUAUCAGGAUCCAUGUUUAACGAAAUGGCAAAAUGGGUAAAAUACGACAACGAGACCGGCAUUUACUAUGAGACCUGGACAGUUCAAGCAAGCCCUGACAAACCAUCAGUAGUGUGGUUUGACUCUUAUGAAUGCUCUAAAUUUAUACUGAGAACGUACCAGAAGCUGGCUGACUUAGGAGCCGUGUUUAAGAAGAUACAAACAAACUAUACCAGCAUAAUUUUAUUCAGUGGAGAACCUGUUUAUUUGGGAAAUGAAACAUCUAUUUUUGGACCUCUGGGGAACAAGACAUUGGCAGCAGCUAUCAGAGACUUCUACUAUCCGUUCAAACCUCAUCGGACAGUCAGAGAGUUUUUUGUGGAUCUUUUAAAAAUAAUCGAUCGUGUCAUCGUGAAUCGUCAGUUUUACCUCUUCUACAACUUGGAAUACUGGUUUUUACCUAUGAAGUUCCCUUAUCUUAAAAUAAUUUACGAAGAGGUCCCUUUACCUGUUGGAAGCAAAACAUCCUUUGAUGUAUAA